CUCUCUCUAUGUAUUGUUGUUGUCGUCUCCUCCCCUUUCUUCUCUUAAAGUAAACGAAAAUAAAAGACUUUCUCUUUGCCCUGUUUUUUCCCCAUCUUCAAGAAUUCAUUCUAUCACCCCUAAUUGACCAUUCGUCUUCUUCGAUUCUCUGAAAAAGAUUAGAUUUUUAUGGACGAAAUUGAAGAAAAGAGCAGAGGGGAGUGGUGAUUUAAUUUAUAGAGAAAGAGAGAGAGAGAUGGGGUGUUGGUAUUCGAGGGUAGAGAGAGAAGAAUUGGUUUCGAGAUGCAGAGCUCGGAAGAAUUACACCAAACAGCUGGUGAAAGCCAGAGACGCUUUCUCCGCUUCUCACUCUCUCUAUCUCAGGUCUCUCCGCAACACCGGCUCCGCCCUCCUCCGCUUCGCCGCCGCCGAGAUCAAUCUCUGCCACCUUCCUCCUCCUCCUCCUCCGCCGCCGCCGCCGCCUCCCCUGCCGCCGCUCAGCCCGACUCCCACCUCCGGGACUUGGUCUACGACCUCUACCACCACUUCCUCCGUCAUCCGCCCGCCGCCGUCCCCGCCUCACGGGUGGGAUUUCUGGGACCCCUUCCUCCCCGGGUCCGUGAACGAGGAGUGGGAGGGGACCACCGUUGCUUCCGAGGUUGCCGUCACGGCCGCCAGCGUGGCGGCUCCGCCGUCCGUUGUGACCCAGUUCUCAAAGGACGACUCCGCCACCGCCGCCGCCAGUGAUAUGGCGGUUGUGGUCUCCUCAAAGGGUAAGGAUUUGCUGGAGAUCAUCAAGGAGCUGGAUGAGUACUUUCUCAGGGCGGCGGAUGCCGGCGGUCAAGUCUCUUUGCUCUUGGAAGUCCCCUGUGGUACUUUCUCCGACCAAAGACCUUCAGGGAGAAUUUUGGGGCCAAAGUUAUGGGCAUUCGGGUCAAGUCCGAAAUGGAACGGGUUCCGGAGAUGCUGUGAUGAUUCGAUGACAAACGGAAUGAGUGGUGGCGGCAGUGGCUGCGCCGUGAACGCCACCGCUAGCCAUUGUUCUACGGUGGAGAGACUGUGUGCUUGGGAGAAGAAGCUGUAUCUGGAGGUCAAGAAUGCAGAGGCACUGAAAUUAGAGCAUGAGAAGAAGGUGUCGCAGCUAAGGAGGCUCGAGAUGCGGAGGGGGGACUAUGUGAAGACGGAGAAGGCAAAGAAAGAGGUGGAGAAGUUGGAGUCUCAGAUCAUGGUGGCUUCCCAAGCUAUUCAAACCACUUCUUCUGAGAUUCUCAAACUGAGAGAAUCUGAACUCUAUCCCCAGCUCGUGAAUCUCGUCAAAGGGUUGAUGCAGAUGUGGAGGAGCAUGUACGAGAGCCACCAGGUCCAGACGCACAUAGUUGAGCAGCUCAAGUACUUCAGCACGGCGGCGCACUCCAGCGACCCCACCUCUGAGAUCCACAGGCAAUCGGCUCUCCAGCUCGAGCUCCAAGUCCAACAGUGGCACCACUCCUUCUGCAGCCUCAUCAAGUCCCAACGCGACUACAUCGAGUCCCUCACAGGCUGGCUCCGCCUCAGCAUGUUCCAGCUCAGCAACAAACUGAUGCAGCAGAAGAAGACCAGCAGCCAGGAGGACUCCAUGGUGUACUCGUUCUGCGAAGAAUGGCACCUUGCGGUCAAUAAUGCUCCUGACAAGGUCGCGUCCGAAGGGAUCAAGAGCUUUUUGAGCGUGGUCAACGCCGUCGUCGUCCAACAGACAGAAGAGCUGAGGCAAAAGAAGAGGUCUGAAUCCGCGUUCAGGGAGCUGGAGAAGAAGGCAAACGAGCUUCGGUCAAUGGAGUCAAAGUACGGUCCUUCUGAAGCCUCUAGAAGAAACAAGGACCCCGUGGGCGCGAGACGCGUUAAGGUCGAGGUGUUGAGGGCUAGGGCUGAGGAUGAGAAGGCAAAAUAUGACAAGGCCGUGAGUGUGACGAGGUCGAUGACUUUGAACAACUUACAGAUGGGGCUGCCCCACGUGUUUCAGGCGGUGACGGGUUUUGCCAGUGUGUGCACUCACGCAUUCGAGACGGUAUAUAACCAGGUGGCUAAGAGCAGCAAUGAUGUCAAGAGGAUUUCACUCUAGAUUUGCAGUUUCCAGAGUUUCUAUUGUAUAGUAGGUGUGUUGUGUGUGCUCUUUUUUUAGGGUUUCAUGAUAUGAGUUAGAUUAGGCUGUCUUGUUUUAGGGUUCUUUUUCUAAUUUGAUUUGUUUAAGUCACUCCUUAUUCACCCGACAAGUUUGGGGAUCUAACAAACUCAGCAAUAUGUU